AUGACGACCAUUUCGACGGCGCUGCGCGACAAGACGACCAACCUGGGCGCCGGUCCGUCGACGCUGCCGACAGAAGUGCUGCUUGAAGCGGCACAAGGCAUUGUUGAUUAUAAAGGAACGGGGAUGGGCAUCACGGAGCUGAGCCACCGCUCGUCCACAUUCAAGCAGCUCCUCACGCAGGCCGAGGACGAUCUGCGUGCGCUGCUCGACGUACCGGACGAGUAUGCCGUACUGUUUAUGCAGGGAGGCGGAACGGAACAGUUCUCCGCGACGCUUCUCAACAUGUUAGCCGUGCACGCAGCUCGGAACCCUGGCGCUCGCGAAGCGCCGCCUGUCGACUAUGUCGUGAGCGGUGCUUGGUCGGCGAAAGCGCUCAAAGAGGCGAAACGGCUCACUCCGCGCGUCAAUGUGGCGUGCGACAUUCGCAGUGCGAUUUGCGACCCGGAUGCGCACAUUCCAGAGCCUGCAUCGUGGUCGCUCAGCGAAGCACCUGCCAUGCUGUACUACUGUGACAACGAGACGAUCGACGGGUUCGAGUUUCCCCACGAUUUUGUAGCACGUCUCCCUGCCUCCUAUCGUGCGCAAGUGCCUAUUGUCGCAGACUGCUCGUCCAACGUACUGAGCCGUCCGAUCGACGUCCGUGCGCACGCCGCGCUCUUUUUCGGCGCGCAGAAAAACAUCGGGCCGAGCGGCGUGACGGUGGUAAUUGUGCGCCGCGAGCUGGUGGUAGAUCCUGACGCGGUGCGUACGCCGUAUCCCCCUGUAAUCCCAACGACACUUGUGUACAAGAACGCAAUGGACAAUGGCUCGCUGUACAAUACGCCGCCCAUGUUUCCAUUGUAUGUCAGUGCCUUGGUAUUUGCCAAGCUCCGCAAGGACGGCGGCGUGGCCGGCGCGCAGAAGCGCGCGCUGGAGAAGAGCAGUGCCGUGUACAAUGCUCUUGCCGCGCACCCCAAACGCUUCCGCCCGACGGUUGCGCACCCCGCCUUCCGCAGCAAGAUGAACAUUACGUUUCGCAUACUUGACGAGCACACAGGCGAGCCCAGCGAGGAGGCAGAGACGCAGUUUAUCAAGCUCUGUGGCGAGCACCGCAUUGAGCAGGUCGCGGGGCACCGCUCUGUCGGCGGCUUGCGCACGAGCCUGUACAAUGCUUCCACGCUCGAGCAGGCACACACGCUUGCGGCACUGCUCACACAGUUUGCUGGAUAA